AUGGUCAGCCUGCGGCGCUCGACGCGCGUCGCGACCGGUGCCGAGGAGAUCAAGGAGGAAGGAAGCGAGAAGCGUGUGCGCGCCAAGGUCUCGGUCAAGUGGCCGCAGCAUGCCGUAGAGCUCAAGGCGGCGGACGCCGAGAAACUCGGCGCGGUGCUCGAGAGCGUCGCGCCGCACCUGCUGGAUACCAAGUCGCCGAGCCUCGCGCGGGGGACGCUGCGUGAUGCGCUCAAAAACGGCACAUCGCUGCAGGCGCUCGCGCAGCAUGCCACGCACCUGACGAACGCCGAGCACGGGCCCAAUGUCCGCCUCGACGCGUCGGCCCACGCGUCGCUCCUCCUCCUCCAGCACUUUCUGAUCGAGCUGGCGGGCGAGUACGAGGAGAAUCCGUCGCGCCCCGUAAACGAGACGAAUACCUAUGCGCUGCACAUGCGCCUGCCGAUGGGCGAGUACUUUACAAACGCGGUGCGCCUCGACGAGGCCAAAGCGCAGGCGCUUGACGCGGGCCACGCCGACGUCGUCGCGAUCGCGCCGCCGAUUGGACGCGCGCCGCCGCCGACGUUCGGCGAGCGCAUCCCGCGGGGCACGCGGCUGAAGAACAAGAUCCCGCAGACCGAGCUGCGCCCGACCUCGUUCUUGUCGUACGGGCCGUACUGCUCCUCGUUCGGGCCCGCGUACGACUCGGCAGGAGCCGCACUCGACGUGCGCUCCACCGAAGAGGUGUGGCAAAGGCAAAAGCAGCGGCGCACGUCGCUCAGUCGCCGCUGGGGUGCGCCGCUCGCCGCGCGCGCCGAAGCCGCGUUUACCGCGCCGCCAAAAGACGAGGCGCUGCCCAAGGUCGCGAGCGACACGCUGGCCGCGGACGCCGCCGCGCUCGACCCCGCGCUCGACGCCGAGCUCCUGGCCGCGGGCGUCGCGCACCUCGAUGCGGACGAGGAGCUGGCAGCGAAUGCCGAGCUCCUCCACGAGCUCCAAGAGCUCCAGUGGCUGCGUGUGCGCAUGGACUAUGCGCAGCCGACGCAGCACGCGGCCGUCGGCGCAGAAGAGCAGGCGGUCGCGUCCGAGCUGCUCGCGUCGCUCGUGCGCCUCUUGCUGCGUGUGCCGCCGCGGGCGGUCGCCGAGGCUCGGACGGCGCCGCUGCUGAGCCGUUCCGUCGCGGUGCUCGCGCACUCGCUGCAGGGCACCGGCGCCUUUCAGCAGGGCUACUGGGGCACGCUUCCCGACGCAACGUUUGGCGUGCAGUCGCGUGCGUACCUCAACACGGCCGCCGCGAAUGGGCAGCAGCAGACGACGUGGGGCGCGCUUGUGCGUCCGCGUGUCGUGGCCGACAAUGCGACGGUGCGUUGGGAGCAAGGCAGUGCGCCCGGCGCGCUUGCCGCUGCGGCCGUGUCCCUCGCUGCGGCGCCGGGCGAGACGGUGCAGCGUGCGUUUGCCGCGCCGAGCUAUGCGCGCCCGCCCCAAGUCGGCGCGUACUCGCUCGGGGCGUAUGCGGCGAACCACCAGCCGUAUCCGCGCCCAGUGUAG